CGGCAGCACCGUUGCGCGACAGGCGAACGGGACCGGGCAAGCGCCGGGUGGCGGCCGGCGAGUGCAGCGCCGAGCACCGGGACCGCGACGACAGACGGGCGACGGCAGUCAGUACUCAGGCACUCAGCAGCCAGCCAGCAAAAGCAGCGGCGCAGCACAGCUACAGCGCCCCGAGCCCGUCGUAAUGAUUUUCUAAAAUGGCGUCACACACCGACGUCCGACACCGCCGCCGACGCGACAAUUGACAUUUCCGGCAACGUCCGCUCGUAGCGCGUUGCACAACACGUACCGCCGACGGUCCGUCGUCUCACCACUGCCGCCGCCGACCGGUUACUGGUUAGGUUAACGCACAGGCCCGUUUGUCACCUUCGUCGUGUUGUUGUUGUUAUUGUUGUUGUUAAUUGUUGUUUUUUUUUUCGAUUUUUUUAAAUUCAUUAUUUUCGUCUCGUUUCCCCUCCGAUUUUACUCGGACGGCUAUUAUUAUUGUUUCGUUGAUUGUCGUCCCGUUCGUUUCCCUACCACCGGGCACGACGCCGCGCCGACACGACAAUCGCGAUUAUCUCACACUCGCAACUUCCGCGGUCGGACGACGACGUUUACGCGCGCCCGUUACCGAUCGAUAAACCAGUCUCGUGCGUGUGUCGUCGUCGCCGCCUCCACUCGUCCGAGUUUUCCACGCCGCCGUUUUCCGAUGACCGUGUUGUUGUCCUCGCCGGUGUUAUCGCUGUCGUCUCGGUAGACAACAACAACCGACUCUGCUUCCGCUGCUAGCUAAAGCAGUCCCAUCGCCGUCUUCCAACACGUCAUGGGCGCAACUAGACCUAUGUUUUUAGGGAUGUAAUAAUUGUAAAGAAAUCCCAGACCCGCAGACCGACACUGUAUAUACAAAGCUUAACAGGAAGAUCUGAAAAAAAAAAUUGCGCUCCGUAAAGAUAUAAAAUGCAGAUAGAAAUUAAUUUUUGGUACGUACGUGUAUAUUAAUCAAUAUAAAAGACAAAAAAAUGGCUAGAAUGUUGCAAGAGAAUGUUGUUACUUAUAAAACGCCAGCUUUGGCUCAUUUAUUCCAUUCAUUCCCACAUCUAAAUGUCAGUGGUCACCAUGUUAAUUCUGCAUUUGCCCCAUGGAGUGAACUUUAUUUGGAAUCGCUUGGUAUUCUGGGUUCUAUUCCCUCAGUGUGGUUGAUAAUUACAAUGUUUUUAUUGUUAAUUUAUCUUAUGACAAGAUGCUGUGAUCGAAAACCUCGACCAAGGCAUAGUAUUGUUGUGCUCAAAUGGACCUUAGCAAUAUUUACUGUUUUAUCAUGUGGUGCUGUUGGCGUUAGCUUAUAUGGUAAUGACGAUUUACAUAAUGGAGUUGUUCAAUUUCUGACUUCAGCUAGAGCUUUGGAUGACUUAGUUAUAAGUGUUAAAAAUCAGACAUCAGAUAUUGAAAUAUUGCUUCAAGUGAACAUUCAUGACAAACUAACAAAUAUAGGUGAUAUCAUAGAUUCACCGGUUGCUAAUUUGACUGCUCGAGGACAAAUUGUUACUGCUCUUAGCACUUUAGUUGGCAACGCAGCUUCAACUUUGACAAAUAUUCGUGGUAUCAGUAAUUCUUUGCGUGGAGUAAAUCUGACUCCAUUUAUUGAUGAUGUGUAUUUAAUGGAAACAAUAAGAUGGCCAUUGACAAUGGGUGUUCUUAGUAUUCUAUUGGUAUUCUGUGUUAUACUUUUGUUUGGAGUAGCCAGACAUUCUCGUUGUGCUUUAAUCAUGUUCUCUGUUUUUGGACUGUUUGCUGUCAUCAUAUCAUGGCUUACUGCAUCUAUUUAUUUAACUGCUGCAGUUGCAUUGGGUGAUUUUUGUAUGAAUCCAAAUGAAUGGUUAGAACGUGAUUGGACUCCAUCGUCGCUGCGUCCAGACACAUUAUCUUUCUAUACAACAUGUGAAGGUAGUAAUAACCCAACUGGUAGCACGCGGACCAACCCAUUUAGUAUGGCAAUACGUCAAGCAUCAACUUCAGUAGAUGCAACUAAUUACCAGCUCGAUAUUGUAACACGUCUUGCUACAACUUUAUAUCCCCCCUCGACUACUAGAGAAGAUAUGCCAUUAUUAUUACAAAAAAUGAGAAUGGAUGUUGAAAACGCUGCCAGAAUGGUAUCUGCUUUACCUGCUUCACUUGAAUGUCGACAAAUACACGUGCAGUACAAUCGAGCUUUACAUGCCUCUUGUGAUCUUGCUCUAUUUGGAUUGGCAUUAAUGUUAUUAGCAAGUGUAGUAUCUGGAAUAUUCUUUACAAUUUUGGUGUGGCUAGAUUCUCAUACAUGGAUAUACAUAAGAAAGAAGCAAGAUUAUGCAAAAGCAGAAGAAAGAGAUCCUUUCCUGGGACGACCAGGAUCCACAGCAAGCAGUUCACAGUCCCAUGGACAUCAGAUGGCUACACUUACACGAAACCAAGGACCACGAGACGAAUACGGAAUGGGUAGUGGUAUAGCAACGUUAAAUGGCCGUAAUGGCAGUUACAUGCAUGAAAGCGGUCCAUCCAAAGUUGGGCCACAAUACGCUACUUUAAACCGUAAAUUUCGCACACUCGAACAUCCAGGUGCGCGUGGUGCACCCCAUCCACCACCAUCAUUCCGCGGUGUACCAACCUAUUCCAAUACCCUAGGGUACAAUCGCAAACCUAAUCAGUCUAAUGAUCGUCAAUACUCUACACUAAGCCGUAAAUGCAAAACACUAGAAUCUUCGGAUUUCUACUGAAAUGAACCGACCUCUGCCGAUCAAACACAAAUAUCGACCAUAAGUGGCAGUUCACUGUCAACAUUUGCGAGACCUACACCUGUACUUGACACUUCCUAUCAGAUUACAGAAUUGUAAUGGUCUAGCAAGUAUAAACAAUUAUUUUGUAUGGCCUUUUAAUAUUAUUAUGCUAUCAUUUUGAAUUUGAGCACAGUUUAUUGAAAAUUUACAAACAUUUGGGGAGGAUGGAUAUUAAGCAAUAUGUGUCAUCAGUUUUAUUUAUGGUUUUAUAGUUUUUUAAGGUUUUGUAUGUUAUAUCUUAUUUUAUUUAACUUUUAAACAUUUGUUGAGUUGUUUUUUAUUAUGAUCUUGUGUUAAUUUAAAAACUUCACAAAUUAUUCUUUUUUAUUAGCUUUACGUUUGUUUCACGUAUUCUCCAUUUAAAUAUCUUUGGGUUUAGUAAUGUUUAUAUAAUUUAUGACAGUACCUUAACCCAUAUUUUGUUUCUUUUUUUAUAGAAGUGUAAUACUCAUUGUGUUCAGUUUUCUUUGAAUGAUAAUUAUAACAUUGAAAUCUUUAAGUGCUUAAUGGUCUAUCCUAUAUCAUGGUCUAGUCAAUGAUAACUGGCUCGUUUUCAAUUAUGUAUUUGGGCCACAACAAUUAAAGAAAUGUCGUUUAACGUGCUUGGCAGGGGUCGUCCCAAAAUCCCUAAUCAGAUAUUUUUUUUUUACUAGUUCCUCAGUUUAAGAGAUUAAGUAACCAUUAUAAUUCUUCCUUUUUUCAUAUUAUGUAAAACAAUAUUGUUAUAGAUAAUAAUAAUAUGUUUUUGUAAAUAAAUAAUUAGUAACAAACAUUUAGUUUUAUAAAAUAAUUGUAAUAUUCACAUGUCCACAUUGUUUUAAUUUUGAUUUUAAAGUAACACAUAAGCUUAAUAAUGUUCUUUCAUUAUUUACAAAAUAUUCCAAGAGCGAUUAAUUUUUUUCUAUUCCAAUAUUUAGAAACUGCGUUCACAGAUUUCAUAUCCUUUGUAUUAUAUUUUAUAAAUAAUUAUAAUAAUUUUAUUUUCAUUUUUAGAGUAUAAAAAUAUGUUAUAAAUAGGUGUUUUACUAAAAAUUAUUAAAAUCAUAGUUUUUUUAAAAAAAGUUACUAACAAGGUUCCACUCAAAAUAAUAAUUCUGUAUGUAUUUAAAUUAUUUUUUUUAUUUUUGUUUGGUUAUUCACUUUAAAAUUGUAAGAAAACUAUGUGCGUUCUGUAAAAUGGAAAUUCCUAUAUUAACAAAUCAAUUGGCACCAAUCCAAUCAUUCCACUAUUUAUUAUUGUCAAUAAUAUUGUGAGAAACAUUUAAAAAUAUAUUUAAUAAAUGUAAAUACCCAAAUCAAACAUUAUCUGCUAUCCCAAUAUGUAUGAUUGACAUAGAGUUGUGUGCCUAUGUAUGGUACCAAAUCACCACCAAAUGUAGGUACACUGAUUUACAUUUUUGUUUAGGUAUAGUUUAUUUUUUUUCCCCGUAAAUGUAAACGUUAUUAGUAAUAUAACAUUAUGUCAUAACGGCUCUUUAUAAUUUGAAUUUUUAAAUUUGUUGUCAAUUAAUAUUGAUUUAUUUUAAAAAUUGUUUUCAAUGUUUACCUCAUCGAAGCUCAUAAAAAAAAAAGAUGUGUACUAAAACGAAUGAUGCACAAUGUUAACGCAUUUUGUACUUUUAUACCACUGCUCCUAUUCAAUUUGAGGUUGUAAUUGUUUUUUUUCUUAACUUGAUAACAUUUUAGAUAUGUAUAACAUUUACCUAAGACUGAACGAGACUGUUAAUUUGUUUUUUUUUUUUUAGUUUUACGUUAUUAUUUGUAUUCAAAAUUGCAAUAUUCUCGUUAUGGUCAUACAUUCUACAUACAAAUUUAAAUAAUAUUAAUCCUCUAGUACAAAAAAAUUUAUUAUUAUUAAUAUUCUGUGUAACUAAAAUAUUUUUUUUUCAUUAUUAUUAUUACCUUGUUCGACCUUGACAAUUUUUUGUAUGUUCAUAUAAUUUAGCUAUAAAAGAAAUGAAUAAUUAAAAACAGAAAUUAUACAUAGAUAA